CUGCCUUCAGUGUUGAUCGUCAAGCUCUGCUCUGUGCUCCAGAGAAGUGGGGUAAAGGAGAGCGGCUGCUGCUGAGGAGGAGGAGUGGGUAGCGGUAUGUCCCCCCGCUGAGAACGUAAUACCCCCGUGUAAUUAAGAAGAUAUGGGGGAGCAGACAUGACCGAGAUCCCUUAUCUGCUGUCCGGCGGCUCCAAGAACUGACAGUCCUUAUGGCUUUAUAUGAUGAGGACAUCCAGAACAACGAUUUCUACCUGACUAUCCAGAAACAGAGGCCGGACCUGAUCAACAAAGCUGCAGAGGUCCACGGCAUUGUUCUAGUUCCGUGUAAAGGAAGUUUCACCAGCAGCUUAUUCUCCACCUGUCACCUGGAGUCCUAUCUUCUCAAACCCAGUGAGGGGGGGUUUCUGACAGAAAAUGGAAAGGAGAUUUUCAUUCAGGGAAAUCUGGUUAAACUUGGAGCCGGUUUCGGAUAUUCGCUCUCUGUCUCCGUUCUGUUCGAGGAGACGUUCUACAAUGAGAAAGAAGAAAGUUUUAGUAUCCUGUGUAUUUCCCAACCCUUAGAAAAAGAUGAGAAUCCAGAAGACGCUGCCGUCCCGUCCGCUGCCUGCACUUUAAAGAACAUAGACGACGUGAAGGAAUUCCUAGGGAAACACGUGGAUAAAUUUGACAGAAGCGUUACCUCUUUCCGCAGCGCUUUCAAAGUGCACGAGAGGAAGAAUCUACGACAUUACAUAGAUUCUGUCAACGCUCUGUAUACAAAAUGUCUUCAGCAUCUACUACGCGAUUCACACUUGAGAACCAUUGCCAAGCAAGAAACUCAGAUGAAUCUGAUGAAGCAAGCCGUGGAGAUGUACAUUCACCACGGCAUCUACGAUCUCAUCUUCAAGCAAGUGGGGACCAUCGAGGCGAGUGAGGAUGCUGCCUUUAACAAGAUUACGAGAAGCCUUCAAGACCUGCAGCAGAAGGAUAUAGGCGUGAAGACCGAGUUCAGUAUUAACAUUCCUCGCGCUAAGCGAGUCUUGGGUCAGCUGAACCGCUGCACGUCCCCCCAGCAAAAGCUGCUCUGCCUGAAGAAAGUGGUGCAGACCAUCAUGCAUUCUCCCAGCCAGAGAGUGAACAUGGAGACGAUGUGCGCCGAUGACCUUCUGUCUGUGCUGCUCUACUUGCUUGUGAAAACUGAGAUUCCAAACUGGACGGCAAACCUGAGUUACAUCAAGAAUUUCAGAUUUUGCAGCAGCGCCAAGGAUGAGCUGGGGUACUGCCUGACGUCCGUGGAGGCGGCCAUUGAAUACAUCCGGCAAGGGAACCUGUCCCAAGCAGCUGCUGAUCCUGAUGGGAGUGAUAAAUCUCUGCUGUGGCAGAGAAUGAACUUGCUGUCUAGGACCUCCUCUGCCCCCAUAGACUGCUUAUUCCAGCACAUUGCUUCUGGGAAUCAAGAAGAAGUGGAGAAAAUGCUGAACCAGGGAGACGCAGAUGAGGAAGUCGUCCAAAAAAUGUGUCACCCGCUCUGCUCCUGCGACAGCUGUGAUAAGAUGGCUUCUGGAAAGUUAAAUGACACUUCCAUUGUUACUCCACUUUCUCGAGACGAUCGCGGUUACACCCCCCUGCACAUUGCCGCCAUUUGUGGUCAGUCUCAGUUUAUUGACCUCCUGAUCUGUAAAGGAGCAGCGGUGAACGCCACCGAUUAUCACGGCUCUACGCCUCUUCACCUCGCCUGCCAGAAAGGUCAUCAGAAGAUAGCGCUGCUCUUGUUACAUUAUAAGGCGAGCAGAGACAUCCAGGAUAAUAAUGGGAACACCCCGCUGCACUUGGCCUGCACCUAUGGACAUGAGGAUUGUGUGAAGGCUUUAGUCUAUUACGAUGUAAACUCUUGUAGAAUGGAUUGUGGUAAUGAGAAGGGCGACACAGCGCUCCACGUCGCCGCCCGCUGGGGGUACCAGGGGAUUAUUGAGGUGCUGCUACAGAAUGGAGCCGACCCCAACGUGUCAAACAAGAGGAAAGAGACGCCACUGCAGUGCGCCUUGAACUCUAAGAUCCUGUCCAUCAUGGAAUCUGCACGUGUGGGGGACGGCAGGAGGUCGGAGGUCGUGUUUCAGUCCCUCAGCCAGUCCCCUCCUCGCUCCGCGGACACCAUCAGCCGAGACUCGUCCGAGUCCAGCCUCUCGUCGCCGUCCACCAGGCAAGAUGACGUCAAAAGCAAGUAUAAAGAUGUGGAGAAGCUGUUGCGAGCCAUCUCUGAUGGAGACCUGGAAAUGGUUCGUUACCUCUUGGAGUGGGUGGAUGAUGACUAUGAUGAUGAACUGGAAGACUCGCUGGUUGGGAAGGAGUUUUGUCACCCUCUGUGCCAGUGCCGCACAUGUGGUCCUGUUCAGAAGAAGCUGAACAGGAUUCCCAGUAAUGGUCUGGGGGUCAAUGUGACCAGUCGGGAUGGAUUCACACCGCUACAUAUCGCAGCCUUAAAUGGUCACUCCGUUCUUGUGACUCUGCUCUUGAAACACGGGGCCCACGUGGAUGCAAAGAAUGGGAACCGGGCCCUUCCUCUGCACCUGGCCUGUCACAAGGGACAUUUUGAGGUGGUAAAGAGUCUGAUGGAGUUCAGCACGGGGAAGAACAAGAAGGACAUGAACGGGAACACGCCCCUAAUCUACUCCUGCAUCGCAGGCCACCCGGAGAUGACUUCCCUCUUACUGGAGCAAGGAGCAUCUGUCAAUCUCAGCAAUGUAAAAGGGAACACUGCCCUGCAUGAGGCCGUCCGCAGGAACCAUGAAGGAUUAGUCAAGCUGCUGUUACUGUACGGUGCCUGGGUGGACGUGAGGAACAAGCGUCAGUAUUGCCCACUGGACUUUGCAAAGAACAGCAGAAUCCGACAGCUUCUUCUCUCCGCCUCCAGCCACGUGACAGACAGCGGGGCAGCAGCGUCCGAGGAGCAGCCCGGCCACAUCCGGAAAAAAUCAACGACCUCUAGUCCGACCAGCUCAGAAGCUCAUGUAACUCCCAGAAAAUCUGAUGUCACUCCAUCGAAAUCUAUAAAUGAGAAGAAAAUUAGAAGAGAUAAGAGUAUGCCCAACUUUGACGAGGAUCUAAUCCAUCAGCUCUCCAUCAGUAGACUGGAGGAUGGGAACCCGAAACCACUUGGUGUCCGGAGUUUUGCUGAAUUCACGGAAGGUGGAAAAGAUGAGUUGGACUCCAGUCUAAAGGCUAAAUAUACCGUCAGAAGGCACAGCCUUAACGUAGCCUGUGUAACGGACACUGACGAGAACAUAAGUGACAUCAGUGACACUGUGAACGGGACAGACGUCAGCUCUCCGCUGUCUGAAACCUGCAACCUGGACCUGGAAGAAGCCUCUAACCAGGAGCUGUCAGAAAUGAACGCCUGGAAGGAUCCAGCCAAUCCUCAGACCACAGAUAUUACCCAAAAGCUGGAUGACUUGGACUGUUCCGGGGGCCCGGAAUGCUGCUGUGUAGCUUGCACGUUGGCACUAGAGUCGUCUUGGUCUUUGGUUGACUCAUUCAGUCAGGGCUGCUGUGAUGGUCCUGAACAGGAGGACCCCAGUGCGGUCAGUCCUUAACCAUCACUAGUAGGGCUUUGCUGACAUGGCGAUCAGGACUCCUCUGAUGUAGAACUAACCUGCGGUGUAUGUAAUGUCGUCUGUGGACUCGUCCAAUUAAUGUGUCACUAAGCCAAACACUGUUUACUGAUGACAGAAUGGAAGCACAAGAAGGGAAAUAUAAAUCACUGAGGGCAUCAACUGCUUACUGACCAGUCACUAUGAUUAUGUAAAUGUUGGCAUUGGGUGUGAUACCCUAAUACAGGGGUAGCCAACCUGCGGUUUACCAGCUGUUGCAAAACUACAACUCCCAGCAUGCCCAGACUGCCUACAGCAGGGCAUGGUGGGAAUUGUGUUUUUACAACAGCUGGGGAGCUGCAGGUUGGCCAUCCCUGCCCUAAUAGUUAUACCUGUGUCAUUCUGUCCACUUGGAGCUAAUCAAGAGGGAGGGGGGGCAAAAUAAAAUUCUUCAGAUUCACAUGAUCCCUCUUAGCCAGUAAGAAUCUCUGAAAAUAAUCAUAGGACGUGCACUUCCCAGAAACAGUUCAGACUGCACCAUAUGAUCCUUUUCAGAGCUGCCGAUUGGCUCAGAAACACAAAACAUAUGACUUCAGGAAGCGCUCUCCAGUUCAGCACUUAAAGGGGUUGUCCGGGUUCAGAGCGGAACCCGGACAUACCCUUAUUUUCACCCAGGCAGCCCCCCUGAUGUUGGCAUCGGAGUAUCUUAUGCUCCAAUGCUCUCUUUUGCCCUGUGCUGGAU